AUGUCUAUUCCAUUGACUUUAAGUACACCAAUCUUAUAUAUUGUUUCAAACUUAGGUUCAAAGUGUUAUUCGAAUGUCGACAGAAACUACUAUGACCAAAAGAUACUCAUGCGUAUAAACAACACUUUCUCUGCUGGUUUGCCUAUUGUUCAUUCGAAUGCAGAGUUUUCAGCUUUAGUAAACUCAAACACUUUAGCAAACAUAAACUUAACCUUAGUUGACGCAAACUUUGUUCCUGUAAAACUUUUAUGUCCUAUGUAUUUGUCAAUGACGGCAGAAAGUUUCGAAUUGGAAGAUGCAACUGGUGAAAGUAUUGUACUACAAGAACAACUUCAACAACAAAUAGCUCAAGAACAACAAAUGCAACAAAUGGAACAAAUGCAACAACAAAGUCAAGAAUAA